AUGUCGAGCUCGUUACGUUGCAGACGGCUUUGUGUGAUUUCUUCUCUCCGGAGAAAUGUCGGAGAUUGUGCGUUUACUUCUUCCCCUCUACGGUUUCUGGUGAGUAUAAGAACAUUAUUGUCUUCAGUGUCACAAGUGAAAUCGGAGGAUCUCCUCGAUAAGCAAAACCCAUGUUUGAAAUCUUUUACAGUGUCGUAUCUCGUGAAUUCCUGUGGAUUGUCUUUGGAAUCUGCUAAAUCGAAUUCCAGAUUCGUCAAAUUGGUUUCUCCCAAGAGACCAGACUCUGUUCUCGCUCUCUUCAAGAGCCAUGGCUUCUCCAGCGACCAGAUCACCAGCGUCAUCAGAUCAUUCCCUCGUGUUCUGUCACUGAGCCCAGAGGACAUUAUCUUGCCCAAGCUCAUGUUUUUCGACUCGAUCGGGUUCUCAGCCUCCGAUACCGCGAAGCUGAUCUCGUCUUGCCCCACAACACUAUCCUAUAGCUUGAGCAAAAGACUCAUCCCUUGCUAUGAUUCCCUCAAGAGCAUACUGUUAGAGGGAGAAAGCGUUGUCAAGUGUCUGAAGCGCGGCCGCGGAAACAGAUGUUUCUCGUCCAACAUUGCACAGAGCUUAUCUUCCAGGGUCUCUCUCUAUAGAGAGCUUGGAGUUCCAGACAAAAGCAUCAAGUGGCUGGUCCAAGCGUCUCCAUCCACUUUCUUAUCCACCGAGUUCAGAUUCAACGAGGUCUUAAACAGAGUUUGUGGGUAUAAGUUUGACCCGAAGAAAGCUGCUUUCGUUCACGCUAUGGUAGCCUUUGGUUCGACGAGUGAGUCAACAGUUGAGCGGAAACUCAAGCUGUUCCAGCGGUUUGGUUGGUCUAAACAAGACUUCGUCUCAGCGAUCAUGAGAUUCCCAAACUGCACCAAGGUUUCGGAUAAGAAGAUAAUGUACACGAUGGACUACCUGGUUAACAACAUUGGUCUGCAGGCUCGUGACAUUGUUGCGACACCCGUGGUACUUGGUCUGAGCAUGGAGAAGAGGAUCAAACCGAGGAACCAGGUGAUCUCUUUGCUUCUCUCUCAAGGACUUGUGGAGAAAGAAGAUGUAAACUAUUUCACUGUGCUAAAGAUGAAAAGCUCCGAGUUCAUGGAUAGGUUUGUGCUUAAACAUCAGAAUGAGAUGCCACAACUUAUACAGAUCCUUACGAGUAAACGUGGAGUCUAA